GCAAAUUUGACGACUGCAAAUAAAAGGGGUGGAGUCUGUCCGGAGGAGGGGCGCAGAACGUUCCCGGGAAGGACCUUGCGAGAGAAAGGCGGAAGCGGCAUCCCGGGUGGUGAAAGCGGAAGUUGCUGGGAUGAAAAGGAAACGAAAGGCUCCUGAAGUCCAGCCUGCCGAUGCAGGGACCCAGCCUGCACUGCGCUGGGAGCGAGAGAUCAGUGACAACAAAUGGCAGAUCUUCCCGUCUGGACAGAGUGAGGCCCUGAGCCAAGCCAUUCGGGAACAGAAAAGUACAGAAGAUUUUGGGGAAGACAUUGUGGACCUGUGCAAGAUGGUGGAGUGGAACAAGCAGAGCGGUGAGGAGAACCGUGUCCGUGUGGCUGUCUGGGAUCAGAAAUCCUAUUUGGUCUGGCAAUGGGAAGGAGACCAAGAAAACGACUGGAAUCCAUACCCCGCUGCUACCUGCUUGGAUUUACAGGCAGCCAAGAAUGGUUACCGGGAGCCCAUAGUGGACUUGACAGUCGGUCGGACCCGCUACAAGCUGGACACGGACCGCAUGGUGCAGACAAACCAGCGGACUAAAUUUGAACGUCGGAUGGAAUGCAGGGAGUCAGAUGCAACAGAGGCUGUGGGCGGAUCCCAGCUAAACAGCCGUGACUUGGAUGCCAGUACGGCGGUUCCUGCUAAGAAGUCCCAGACUGAAUUAGAUGCCCUAGCAUCGCGUGGGGAAGGAGAUGGGCAGGAAGCAGUGAAGACAUUGACAGUGAAAGGAAAAGCUCCGGUGGACCCAGAGUGCACAGCCAAAGCGGGAAAAGCUCAUGUUUAUUGUGAAGGAGACGACAUUUACGACGUGAUGUUAAAUCAGACAAACCUUCAAUUCAACAACAAUAAAUACUACCUCAUACAACUGUUGGAAGAAGACAAUGCACAGAACUACAGCGUCUGGAUGCGCUGGGGGCGCGUGGGUAAGCCUGGCCAGCAUUCCCUUGUGCCUUGCUCUGGAGAUUUAGCGAAAGCCAAAGACAUCUUCACCAAAAAGUUCCUAGACAAAACCAAAAACGAAUGGGACAAACGGAACAGCUUCCAGAAAGUCUCAGGCAAAUAUGAUCUCCUUCAUCUGGACUACGAAGCCCGAGAUGCUGAGAAUUCAGCAGAUGCUGGCCCUGAGAAAACAGUCUCCAAGCCCAAGCCAGUUUCCCAGCUGGAGCCACGGGUGCAGGCUUUGCUAGAGCUGAUAUGUAAUAUUCGGAUGAUGGAGGAGAUGGUGAUCGAGAUGAAGUACGACACCCGGAAAGCUCCACUAGGAAAGCUGACCGCUGAGCAGAUCCAGGCAGGCUACCGGUCAUUACAGAAAGUGGAAGCGUGUCUGAAGCGGAGUCAGACUGGUGCUGCCCUGCUGGAAGCUUGCAAUGAAUUCUACACACGGAUCCCCCAUGAUUUUGGGCUGAAAACACCUCCACUAAUAAAGACAUUAAAGGAACUCCAAGAAAAGGCACAGCUACUGGAGGCUCUCAGUGAGAUCCGUAUUGGCAUCAAACAUGUGCAGUCAGAACAGUUGGAUCUGGAGCAUCCUUUGGACCGGAGCUACAGGAGUCUCGACUGUGAGCUCCAGCCCUUAGAAAAGGCCAGCGAUGUUUUCCAGGUACUGGAGCGCUACUUGCUCUCCACCCAUGCUCCCACCCACAAGGAUUACACAAUGACUCUGGUCGAGGCCUUUGAAGUGAACAAGAAAAGCUCAGAAGCCACUUUCCGUUUUGACCUGUCCAACAGGAUGCUGCUGUGGCAUGGAUCUCGCCUGGGGAACUGGGCGGGGAUUUUGAGCCAGGGAUUGCGUGUGGCACCACCAGAAGCACCCAUCACGGGCUAUAUGUUUGGAAAAGGCAUUUACUUCGCGGACAUGUCCUCUAAGAGUGCCAAUUACUGUUUUGCCACUCGCGAGAAAGACAUCGGCCUCCUCCUGCUGUCAGAGGUUGCCCUAGGGGAGUGCAAUGAACUGUUGGAGGCCGAUCCAGAAGCAGAACGUCUGCCCGCCAGCAAACACAGUACCAAAGGCUUAGGCAAGCUUGCUCCAGCCAAUUGUGUUUCUCUGCAUGGUGCAAUUGUUCCCCUGGGCCCAGCUGUAGAAACUGGGAUAGCAAACUCUCGUGGCUAUACCCUGAAUUACAACGAAUUCAUUGUCUAUGACCCCUGCCAGGUGCGUAUGAAAUACCUUCUGAAGGUGCGCUUCAAUUUUGUACAGCUUUGGUGAACGGGGGGAAAAAAUGGAGAGAAAAACUGGCAUAAGAGUGACAUCUUGAAGCACGUGGAUGGUUCUCUUUCAAUGGGACAUGUCAAGUGCUUUCUAGCUGACAGGCUGAGAGCUCAACACCUGAAACUGACUCUGUCACGGGUUAGAAGACUUUUGCCGUGUUUUAGUUUACUUUUCUGCUCUGAAGUUUGCUCCUGAAUGACAAAAACUAUGUUAUGAAGGAAAGCUAAUCCUUAGGAUUUCCAGGUGGUCAUUAUUUUUUUCUUGGAUGAUCUGAAAAUUAGUUCCAGUAGAAACACACCAAUUGCUUGAUUUUUUUUUUUUAAAUAAAGGAAUAUAUUCACUCUG